AUGGCAGUGCCGAAUAUGGUGUUCUCCGACGUGGAAAGUUUCUUGGACUCGCAUCCCGAGUUAUUCGAGGAAUACCUGAACAGAAAGGGGAAUUAUAGCAUGGUGGAGAAAUGGCUCAAGAACCACCACCAGGCGGGCAAAAGUCCGGUGGCGGUGGCGGCGGCGGCUCCUGGCGCCGACACGCGGGAGGACAAGAGCGGCGUGGGUAAGGACAGCAGCUGGGCGAGCAAAUGCGACGGCCUGAAGCGGAGAGCCUCGCAGAAAGAGCUGCGCAAAACUUUCGCCAGGUCCAAGGCCAUGAACGUGAACAGGACCUACGACGAGCACGUCAACUCCAGGGCCCAGGAGCCGCUGACAAGCAUGAGGAGGAGAGCUCUGCUGAGGAAGGCGAGCUCCUUGCCCCCGACCACUGCGCACAUCCUGAGCGCACUGCUGGAGUCCAGAGUUAACAUCCCCCAGUACCCGUCCACAGCCGUGGAUUUCAAGUAUUACCUCAAAGAACACAACGAGAGGGAGUUUUUCCUGGAGCUCGUAAAGGACAUAUCCAACGACCUGGAUCUAACGAGCCUGAGCUACAAAAUCCUCGUGUUUGUUUGUAUUAUGGUGGACGCGGACCGGUGCUCCUUGUUCUUAGUGGAGGGGACCGGCAACAAGAAGACACUGGUGUCCAAGUUCUUUGACGUGCACGCGGGCACCACAGUUUUGCCCUCGAUGAAAUCUGGCGAAGUUCAGGUGCCGUGGGGGAAAGGGAUCAUUGGAUACGUGGCCGAGCACGGAGAGACCGUGAACAUCCCUGACGCUUAUCAGGAUCGUCGGUUCAGUGAGGAGAUCGACAAGCUGACAGGCUAUAAAACCAGGUCGCUCCUCUGCAUGCCAAUUCACAACAGCGACGGAGAGAUCAUUGGAGUCGCUCAGGCCAUCAACAAGAACUCAAGUGGACAACUCUUCACUGAAGAUAAUGAAAAGGUGCUGCAGAUGUACCUGCCAUUUUGUGGUAUCGCAAUCUCCAAUGCCCAACUCUUCGCAGCCUCAAGGAAGGAGUACGACAGGAGUCGGUCACUCUUGGAGGUCGUCAAUGAUCUGUUUGAGGAGCAGACGGACCUGGAGAAGAUUGUCAGGAAGAUCAUGCACCGUGCCCAGACAUUGCUAAAGUGCGAGCGCUGCUCUGUUCAAUUGCUGGAGGAUAUUGAGUCACCGGUGGUGAAGUUCACCAAGUCGUUUGAGCUGCUGUCUCCUAAGUGUAGUGCAGACACUGAAAACAGUUUUAAAGACAGUAUGGAGAAAUCCUCUUAUUCAGACUGGCUCAUCAACAACAGCAUUGCGGAGCUGGUAGCCUCCACAGGACUCCCCGUGAACAUUAGCGACGCCUAUCAGGAUCCACGCUUUGAUGCUGAGGCAGACCAGUUCUCGGACUUCCACAUCCGCUCUGUGCUUUGUGUCCCGAUCUGGAACAGCAAUCACCAAAUCAUUGGUGUCGCUCAAGUUCUGAACAGGCUUGACCGGAAACCAUUUUAUGAUGCAGACCAGCGUCUCUUUGAGGCGUUUGUGAUCUUUUGUGGACUGGGCAUCAACAACACUAUCAUGUACGACCAGGUGAAGAAGUCUUGGGCCAAACAGUCCGUGGCUUUGGAUGUGCUGUCUUACCAUGCCACUUGCUCCAAGACUGAAGUUGACAAAUUCAAGGCUGCUAACAUCCCCCUGGUUUGCGAGCUGGGCAUCGACAAGCUGUCCUUUGACGAUUUCUCUCUGGAUGUCGACGCCAUGAUAACAGCCGCUCUGAGGAUGUUCAUGGAGCUGGGAAUGGUGCAGAAAUUCAAGAUUGACUACGAGACGCUGUGCAGAUGGCUGCUGACUGUCCGAAAAAACUACAGAAUGGUCCUUUACCACAACUGGAGACACGCCUUCAACGUCUGCCAGUGCAUGUUUGCCAUGUUAACGACGGCGGGCUUCCAGGAGACUCUGACAGAGGUGGAGAUCUUGGCUCUUAUAGUCGGCUGUGUGUGCCACGACUUGGACCACAGGGGCACCAACAACGCUUUCCAGGCAAAGACGGGCUCAGCCCUCGCUCUGCUUUAUGGGACCUCUGCUACACUGGAGCACCACCACUUCAACCACGCUGUUAUGAUCCUGCAGAGUGAGGGUCACAACAUCUUCUCCAACCUGUCGUCCACGCAGUACGGGGACCUCAUGCAGCUGCUCAAACAGUCCAUCCUGGCCACAGACCUCACACUCUACUUUGAGAACAGAAACACGUUCUUUGAGCUGGUCAGCAAAGGAGAAUACAACUGGAAUGUGAAGGCUCAUAGAGACAUGUGCAGGUCCAUGAUGAUGACGGCGUGUGAUCUCGGUGCUGUCACUAAACCUUGGGACAUAUCACGCAAGGUGGCAGAGUUGGUGACCAGCGAGUUCUUCGAGCAGGGCGACCGAGAGAGAUCGGAGCUGAAGCUCACACCCUCGGCCAUCUUUGAUCGGAACCGGAAGGACGAGUUGCCGGGGCUACAGCUGGAGUGGAUUGAUGGAAUUUGCGCGCCGCUGUACGAGACUCUGGUCAAGUUGAAUCCCAAACUCCAGCCGAUGCUCGACAUGAUCCGAGCGAACAGGGACAAAUGGGAGGAGCUGAACAGGAAGAGACAACGUGGCCAGAGCGUGUCUGGGCCCUCCAGCCAGUGCAGCGUGGACGGCACAGAAACCAGCGGCUGCACCGUGGCCACAACCGACAGCUCACCCUGCUGCAGCGGUGGCGAGGCCGACGGCACAGCCUCCAAACCUGUUAGUUAG